CCGCUGCGAGCCGCGCGCCCUUCCCCAAUAUGUCCGCCGAAAAGCUUCACCCGUAAUCAAUAUGGCGGCGCCGUGCACUCAGCCCCUCCUCUGUUGUCUAUGGUUGCGGGGAUCCCUAAGCGCACCUGCGCAGUCCGUUGUGCGAGGCCCUGCGCAUGCGUAGUUCGUUCCUCGGGGGGGACAGAGGAGCAUGAAUGGAGCAAGAUGGCGGAUCCUGUGCAGAGUCUAGCCCAGCUAGAGAUCCUGUGCAAGCAGCUUUAUGAGACUACAGACACCAGCACCCGGCUGCAGGCUGAGAAAGCCCUAGUGGAGUUCACCAACAGCCCCGAGUGUUUGAGCAAGUGCCAGCUGCUGUUGGAGCGAGGGAGUUCCUCCUAUUCCCAGUUACUUGCUGCCACGUGUCUCACCAAACUUGUGUCCCGGACCAGCAAUCCGCUGCCACUGGAGCAGAGAAUCGAUAUACGGAACUAUGUGCUGACUUACCUGGCCACCCGCCCCAAGCUCGCUUCAUUCGUGACCCAGGCCCUGAUACAGCUGUAUGCCCGAAUCACCAAGCUGGGCUGGUUUGACUGUCAGAAGGAGGACUAUGUGUUCCGUAGUGCCAUUGUGGAUGUCACGCGCUUCCUGCAGGACAGCGUGGACUAUUGCGUCAUUGGAGUCAGUAUUUUGUCACAGUUGACCAAUGAAAUCAACCAGGCUGAUGCCACACACCCCCUGACCAAGCACCGUAAAAUCGCCUCAUCCUUCCGAGACUCAUCCUUGUUUGAUAUCUUCACACUGUCCUGCAACCUACUCAAACAGGCAUCAGGAAAGUCUUUGCUCCUGUCUGACGGGUCUCAGCAUGAUCUGCUCAUGCAGCUUCUCAAACUCACCCACAACUGUCUGAACUUUGACUUUAUUGGCACAUCGACCGAUGAGUCCUCUGAUGACCUCUGCACAGUGCAGAUCCCCACAAGCUGGCGCUCAGCUUUCCUGGAUUCGUCCACACUACAGCUCUUUUUUGACUUGUAUCAUUCCAUUCCGCCAAACUUCUCCCCACUGGUCCUCUCAUGUCUGGUACAGAUUGCAUCUGUGCGGCGUUCCUUAUUUAAUAAUGCAGAAAGAGCCAAGUUCCUCUCUCACUUGGUGGACGGAGUGAAGAGAAUUUUAGAAAAUCCCCAAAGCCUGUCUGACCCCAAUAAUUACCACGAGUUCUGCCGUCUGCUGGCCCGGCUGAAGAGUAAUUACCAGCUAGGAGAGCUAGUCAAGGUGGAGAAUUACCCCGAAGUCAUCAGACUCAUCGCUAACUUUACAGUCACCAGUCUUCAGCACUGGGAAUUUGCCCCCAAUUCGGUGCAUUACCUCCUGAGCCUGUGGCAGCGUCUCGCGGCGUCUGUGCCCUACGUGAAGGCUACGGAACCUCAUCUUCUGGAAACCUACACACCGGAGGUGACCAAAGCCUACGUUACAUCUCGCCUGGAGUCUGUGCACAUUAUCCUCAGGGACGGACUUGAAGACCCCCUGGAAGAUGCAGGUCUGGUGCAGCAACAGCUGGACCAACUUUCCACCAUCGGGCGCUGCGAGUAUGACAAGACUUGUGCUCUCCUAGUGCAACUAUUCGACCAAUCAGCACAGACCUAUCAGGAGCUUCUGCAGAGUGGGUCCGCCCCCAGUAUGGAGCUGACUGUGCAGGAAGGGCGACUCACUUGGCUGGUUUACAUUAUUGGCGCAGUGAUUGGCGGCCGGGUCUCUUUUGCCAGCACCGAUGAGCAGGAUGCUAUGGACGGAGAACUGGUGUGUCGAGUGCUGCAGCUGAUGAACCUCACAGACUCGCGCCUGGCACAGGCUGGCAAUGAGAAGCUGGAACUCUCCAUGCUGAGCUUCUUUGAGCAAUUCAGGAAAAUAUACAUUGGGGAUCAAGUACAGAAGUCAUCCAAGCUUUACCGCCGUCUCUCGGAAGUGUUGGGUCUGAAUGAUGAAACCAUGGUGCUGAGUAUCUUCAUCGGUAAAAUAAUCACGAAUCUCAAGUACUGGGGUCGCUGUGAGCCCAUAACGUCCAAGACUCUGCAGCUGCUGAAUGACUUGUCCAUAGGAUACAGCAGUGUCCGGAAGCUGGUGAAACUCAGCGCCGUCCAGUUCAUGCUAAACAACCACACAAGCGAGCACUUCUCUUUCCUGGGGAUCAACAGCCAGUCCAACCUGUCAGACAUGCGCUGCCGAACCACCUUCUACACUGCACUGGGGCGCCUCCUCAUGGUGGACUUAGGAGAGGAUGAGGAACAGUUUUCCCAGUUCAUGAUGCCUCUCACUGCUGCCUUCGAGUCAAUGGCCCAAAUGUUCAACACCAACAACUUCAAUGAGCAGGAAGCCAAGAGGAGUCUGGUUGGGCUGGUGAGAGACCUGAGAGGAAUCGCCUUUGCAUUCAACGCGAAGAGUAGUUUCAUGAUGCUGUUUGAUUGGAUAUACCCAGCUUACAUGCCCAUCCUGCAGAGAGCUCUAGAACUUUGGUUCCAUGAUCCGGCCUGUACUACACCGAUCCUCAAGCUGAUGGCAGAGCUGGUACACAACAGGUCACAGAGGCUACAGUUUGAUGUCUCAUCUCCGAAUGGUAUUCUUCUCUUCCGAGAGACCAGUAAAAUGAUCACCACCUAUGGUAACAGGAUCCUGACCCUGGGGGAGCUUCCUAAGGAGCAGCUCUAUGUUCUGAAGUUGAAGGGUAUCUCCAUAUGUUUCUCGGUGCUAAAAGCUGCUCUUAGCGGCAGCUACGUCAACUUUGGGGUCUUCCGCCUGUACGGGGAUGAAGCUCUGGAUAAUGCUCUUCAGACCUUUGUCAAAUUACUGCUGUCUGUGCCACACAGUGAUCUACUGGAUUACCCGAAGCUCAGUCAGUCGUACUACUCGCUCUUGGAGGUGCUGACUCAGGAUCACAUGUCUUUCAUCGCCAGCCUGGAGCCCCGUGUAAUCAUGUACAUUCUGUCCUCCAUCUCAGAGGGGCUGACUGCUCUGGACACCAUGGUGUGUACAGGCUGCUGCUCCUGUUUAGACCACAUAGUCACAUACCUCUUCAAGCAGCUGUCCCGCAGUGGCAAGAAAAGGGGGGCGCCCCCACCGCAAGAGAGCGAGCGCUUCCUGCACAUAAUGCAGCAGCAUCCGGAGAUGAUCCAGCAGAUGCUCUCCACGGUUCUCAACAUCAUCAUAUUUGAAGACUGUCGAAAUCAGUGGUCUAUGAGCCGACCAUUACUGGGCCUGAUCCUCCUCAAUGAGAAGUAUUUCUCGGACCUCCGGAGAAGCAUCGUCAGCAGUCAGCCCCCCGAGAAACAGCAAGCCAUGCACCUUUGCUUCGAAAACUUAAUGGAAGGAAUAGAAGGCAAUCUCCUCACCAAAAAUAGAGACAGGUUCACGCAAAAUCUCUCCGCCUUUCGACGAGAAGUCAACGACUCAAUGAAAAACUCAGCCUGCGGCCCCAACAGUAACGAGAUGAUGAGCUGACCUCUCCCCACACCUUCCACCAUCCUCUCCCCACCAUCUUCCUCUCCUUGUACAAAACCCUGCACAUUUUUUGGUAAUGUUUUGAAUUCUUUCUACGGAUAGGGGAAAAAUAUGGCGAGUGGAUCUCUGCCCCCUCCCCCCUUUCCACAGAGCGGAGGCAGGUGGGGUGCUUAUGAGCGAAUGUGAGAGACACCUGUUCACCUGGACUGAGCCCUAUUGAAAAUUACAAUUAUAUAUAUAUAUAUAAAAUUAUAUAUAUGUAUGUAUGUGUCCUUUUGAGUGACCAGUAAAACCACCCUUCCCCUUCCACAGAUUUCCCAUCCCCACGAGCGUGGAUGUAUGGAGGAUGGGCAGUGCAUUGUUAGUUGGAGGUGCUGCAGAGGCUGCUUUGAAAGGGUGUAAAGGUUCUGCAAGGACAUUUUGUAUUAAUGCUCUAUGCUGGGGGAGGCAGCCCCUCUCACUGCUGUUCUGACUGUAGGGUGAAUGAUUAGCAGCACAACGUUCUCUCGGUGAAUCUGUGACGCAAGGUGGAUGCAACUAGAGAUAAUUCCAGGCCGCCGUUCAGCACUUACAUGUCCACACUGAAGUAUUGGGAGACCAGUAGUUUAUAACAAAGUGCUUAUAGUCCACAGUGUGACCAGUAGUUGCCUCAAUACACCUGGAGGGAUCUCACAGAACUGUGCAGUAUUGUUAGGACUGUGUUGGGGGUUGUUAUUGUGCUUGUAUAGGAGUUGCAGCUUUUCUCCUAACAAAUGGAUUUGAUCCACAGUAGAAUUACUGCCUGUAAUGUACCUGUUACUUGAUAGGACUGCUGCAUAGAUAGGUAACCUGUAUCUGAGCUCCAGGCUCCAGCUAGCCGGUAACCCGUAUCUGAGCUCCAGGCUGCAGCUAGCCGGUAACCCGUAUCUGAGCUCCAGGCUGCAGCUAGCCGGUAACCCGUAUCUGAGCUCCAGGCUGCAGCUAGCCGGUAACCCGUAUCUGAGCUCCAGGCUGCAGCUAGCCGGUAACCCGUAUCUGAGCUCCAGGCUGCAGCUAGCCGGUAACCCGUAUCUGAGCUCCAGCUAGCUGGUAACAUGUAAUCAACAGUAACUAGGAGGCCCAGCCUGUCUGAGUCUAGUGCUUGGUUACUGGUCUGGAUGUGGAAUGCAGGCUGCUGUUUGGAUUGUUGCUAAUAAGCAUUACCAUCUAAAGAAUUGUCUUAGUGGGGUGGUGACAACAAACUGUCUGGUGUCCCCAGCAGCUGAACAUCUAACAUUCCCCACUACACGCCUGCCAUCGCUCAGCACUACGGCACCAGAGCUGCUCACACAUUUCGUACUUCAUCCAGCAAUUGCUGAGUGAUUAAAAUCCAUUCGCAUUUUAAUUAUUCACAGAUAAUGGCGCUUGGUGAUGAGGACAUGGCUCUGGUUAUUGACACAUCUGUUUGUAUAGGGCAGGUGCCCUGUGGCAAUCCCUGUUGUUGGCAGGCAGAGUGGUGUAGAUGUUCCUGUGGGGUCUCGCAGGUAGUGACAUUCUAACACUCACAGAUAAGACCGUUCUAUAGAUAAUGUGACCAUCCCCAUUGUGGCUUAAACAGGUUCAAAGAGCGAGCAGUGUCCAAAAUGCUUAGUUCAAAACAUUUUACUCCAAUUAUUAUUGAACUGAGUCAUUCUGAAUAUAUAGCAUUGGGCAAACCACGCAGCAGCAGGAUCUGUGUAUAUGAGAGGUGGACCGUGCGUCUAUCCUCAUCCUGAUGGCUCUGGCCUUCUUUUUGUAUCCCAUUCCUCCAUGAAUGUUUUUGAUGUAGCCCACAAGAGAGCACCCUGCUCUCCUGUUGCCAGUGCAUGGCAUGGGCCUUUCCUGCAGGUACCCAGAUGAUAGAGCUGCACUGUCUAGAUAGACAGUCAAUAAGUUGACAGGUUCAAAAGGUCGACACAUGUUUUCACAACAUUUGCUUGAUUUACUAUCCACGUGGACUAUGAUUGCCUGAAGCGUGUGAGCGAAGCAAGCCUGCAAGGGUCUACGUUUCUACUGAUGGAGGUCAAAGGACAUGAAAUAGACAAAAUUUGGUUAAAAAAAAACAAAACGUGUGUUGACCUUUUGUCUGUCUACCUGAUAUAACACACCCUCCUGGGGCUGGAUGGGCGUAGUGCUGCUAGAAGACAUGCAGAAUCAGGGCUCUACAGCAUGUCUGCAGUGACCUCCUCCUAAGCAACUAGUCAGACUGGUUAGGUAGCACUAUGCACCAUGAAUGGGUCAUACACUAAUGCUAUAUCUACCGCAACACAUGUGGAGGUAGGGGGAUAUAUUCUGGGAUUCCUACUGAUUAAUGCAAAUUUACUAUUACAUUUAGGCCAAAUAAAACAGUGGGUGAGCAUUGCUGGGAUGACGUGUGCUGUCUGCAGGUUAUACAGUAAUAAAGUACUGCAAAAGAGAUGGAAGAACUAUUCAGGAGCUUAGAAACUUUUAAAUACACCAAUAUCUUCAUUAAAUGAGACAUUUGCAAAUCAUAUAAUGUGAACCUAAAACCCACAGCAGACCAUUUAUAUUAUUUUUAGCUCAGCAGCCUGGUUACAGAAUUUAUUGGAAACUCCUGCUUAAGGGGGAUAUUCAGUUACUGCACCUGAUCAAUGCAAUUAGUGGGGAUUACUUGAUCUUGGACUGAACCUUGCGUAAAGUCUGUGAGAAAAUAGAAAAAAAAAAUGGAGGUUUGUGCUUGGGGAAACCCCACUGAUUCUGCAGAUAUUGCAGUAGCAGUGGGUUUCUGCGUGUGAACCCCAGAUUUUUAGGCAAUUUAACUAAAAAGCCUUUCCCUGCGUUUUAGCCACAAUGUAAACCCGGCAGCUAAUUGAAUAACUCCCCCAGAAUUUCCUUUUUAUGGGAUGAGCACCUCAAUCUGUUAAAUGGACAUUCUGGGGGUAAUUCGAUUAGCCGCUGGGUGCACCACAAAUUAGGAGCGAAUGUUAUUGAAGAUUUGAGGGGGUGUUGUACUGGAACUAUACCUUAGAGCACAGGGAUCUUAUUGGCAUCUGCAAACACACUGGUAAUGGCAUUGGGUCUGGGGUACUGGGAAGGAACCGUGGAUGUUGGGGGCGGGGAGGGAGGGGAAUCAUUAUUCUGGUAAUAAUACAUACUCUGCUUAUAAUGUAUAUAAAACAAAUGAACUAGAUAAGCCGGAGGUGUAAUGAUCAAAAAUAAUCUUUUCUGGGGUCUAAAACAUAGUGGCAUUAAAAACAAAAAUACCAAAAAGUAUGUAAGGCGUAACAAAUCUUUUAACUAGUAUUUCUCACCCCUCUCUUUAUAUAUUUUGAAAAAGCCAUGCACUAAGUAUUUCCUUGUUGUAGCAAGAUAUUACCAGUGGUCUCAUGGAUCUGGGAUAUAUUUCACCAGACGCAUGAUUGGAGCAUUUCUAGAUAUUGUUAAUCUUUAAAACUAUAGUUUUACAUGUGUGUAGUUAUAGUAUAUUAUGAACUAGUCCGUGAGGAAGGAAAUUCAGAAAACCUGCACUGUAAUGCUUGCUAAGGAAGUCUGGCUUCCUAUCAUACAACAAGGUCUGAAGUCUUUUACCAAUCACCCGGCCCUGCUCUCGGCACAUGUCCCUUCAGUUCCACAGCAGGCAUCACUAUCAAGUAGGAGACAGUAAUUUAUUAACGUUCUGUCACUGAAUGAGCAGAUUUCGAACACUGCCCUUGUACAGUUGUAGAGGUCUAUCCAGGAUUGAGGCAACUAUAAAAGCACAGGUGGAUCUAUGACAUAUUUGUAAAUAUACAUGCAUUUUAUUAAAAUUACCAAAAUAAAAGAAAAACCCCACACCACAGGUGUCAAAUACUCUGUCAGCACUUGUUAGGUCUGAAGCGGUUUUAAAGUCUGUUGUGGCAGCAAUGAAUUCUGGGUAUUUUACUGUUUGCCAAAUGAGUGUAUAGUGGUAUCUGCAGAAAAUAAAAUUGAAUUGUUUGUUAA